UUUUGUUCAACGGAGUAUCACCAAGGCGAAGACAACCAUCGAGACAAACGCUGCGCAAUAUUUGACUCCCCCCACGCUCGACGAGUCAACUGUAAUGUCUAGCUUGAGUACAAAUAUGUCCAACAUGCUACACCAAGGCGGAGAUACCUCCACAGGGAACCAAACAACCUUGGGGACUAGUCAACCUCGACAAGAAAGGCUUUCGCAGGUCGCAGAACCUACUCCAGAACCUUCGCUCGCAAAACGGGAUCCCCAACUCCCUUGCUUCUCCGUACCAGUCGCUCGGAACCUUGAAUUUUUUGGACGGACUGAUGUGCUGGACAAGUUAGAAGAAGCCCUGUGCCCACCUGAAAACCAAUCAUCUGCAAAUCUGCCAGCCACUGUAGUUUCCGAACCUCGAGAUCUGAGGACUUUCGCCAUCUGUGGAUCUGGCGGCGUAGGCAAAACGCAGACUGCCACGCAGUUUGUACACAAGUACAAAGACGACUUCGAUGCGAUCUUUUGGCUGCAUGCAGAAGAGCCUGCGAUGCUUGAAGGCGAGUUUGCGCACAUUGCUGUUCAACUCAACCUAGUUCCGGAAGCAUCGCAAGAAGCCAAUAAUCUGGAAAUAGCAAGAGGACUAGUCAAAGGAUGGCUUGCGAAACCUUUGAAGUCGUACAAUAGUCAUGGCAGGACUUCUGUAGAAGAGGCGUCAUGGCUAAUCGUGUUCGACAACGUAGCUAAUACUGAAGCACUACUAGACUACUGGCCAGAAGCAGGCAGUUCUGGAUCUAUCCUUCUGACCAGUCGGGAUCCUUUGGCGAAAUCAAAUUGGUACAAAGUCGACGAAGGCAUCGACCUCCGGGAAUUCAACGAAGAUGAGGCAUCCGCAUUUCUCCUGAAGAAUACCUGGAGAGAAAACGACGACGGGUCAAAGCUCCUGGCUCACACUGUUGUCAAACUUCUAGGAUAUCACCCGCUUGCAAUAGUUCAAAUGGCGUCCGUCAUGGUCCGUGAACAGUUGACGUACAAAGACUUUAUCCAACGUUAUGAAGAGGAAGCUGAACAUGCAGAACUAUUUGAGCAGACAUAUGUCUCGAAGCAGAAGCAGCAGACAUCAGUUCAUACUAUCUCGUCCGUCUGGCUACUCGACACGUUGGAUUUUGGUGCAGGCCUACUUCAUACAAUGUCAUUCUUCGACCCCGACGGAAUCCAAGAUAAUUUGUUGACAUCUGCUAUCGGUCUAAACACCACAUACGAAUACCUGAGCACAAAGACAAAGUAUCAGAAGGCACGUGCAGAGUUACUGAACUCCUCUCUGAUCUCGAAAGAUGCGUCAGGAACAAAGCUGAUGGUCCAUCGUUUGACACAAGACGCCGUGUGGGCAAGCCUUGCCGACCUCAGAAAGGCCCCAUCGCAAGCGGUGGCAAGCUUCAACUCUGCCCUGGCUAUACUUCUUCAUGCCUGGCCGAGAGCGGGUUAUGCGGAGAGACAGAAAACAGCACGGUGGAACGAGUGCGAGGUACUCCUCGCCCAUAUCCUACGCUUGAGAAACAGGUUUUUGCGAGCUUCGCCGCUGAUACAAGGCUUACUACGUUCUAACAUACAGCUUGCUGACUUGCUGAACGAGUUUGGAUGGUAUUGUCAAGAACGAGCCAGAAACGAAGAAGCAACAGAGUGUUUUCAGUUGGCUCAGGCAAACUUGACAUCCAUUCUAGAGGUCGAUUCGUCCUCCAGCUUAACAUCUCCACGGCUGCCGAAAGAUGUCAUACUACAAACAAAGUUUCUGCUAGCAGAAACACACCGCAAUCUUGGUUGUUCUGCCGCAGAGCGAAUUCGACCAGUUGAUGCCAGAUUCCAUUUCAAAGAGUAUAACAAAUUGAUGCUGGAGGAGUAUCACGGAAAGGAACCAAACGACGAUUCACGUCUCGCGAUUUCCUACUUUGAAUUAGCGACGGCUCACAUCAUGUUAGAGGAAUGGUCUGAAGCGGAAGAAUGUAACAUUGUGGCGUUGAAGGUAGCUGAUGGUCUGACAGACUCUGUCAAGGCCAAGAUGACACGCUCGUUACCACAGGUCAAUCUGGCGUGUUUGUACCUCUUGACUGGUCGUGUGGAUGAGGCUGAACCAUUGCUGGUCAACACUUUGAGAGAGAGAGAAGAGAUAUAUGGUGUCAACCACACGGUUUCAAUGAUUACCGGACGCGUAUACCACGGACUAGGAUGGCUCAAACAAGCGCAAGGCAAACUGGAAGAGAGCCACGACUACCAAGUCAAAGCCCUAGAACACAUGAAGAAAACAGCUGGACCGUACCAUCACCGCACAGCAGACAUGUAUUUCAAAGUAGCCCAGCAUCUUGUGAGGCUUGAUCGGAAAGAAGAAGCACUCAAGCACCUUGAAUCGGCCACAAAUACGUAUAACAGCCAGGCUUGCUAUUGCGCUGAGCGUGGACGUGUCUUGUUCUGGCAAGCGAAGCUUCUCACGCAGAACAAUGAGCCUGAGAAAGCAAAGGAAUACUCCGAGAAAGCACUUCAGCUUUACAGAGAAGCAAGAUCGACAGACAGCAGACCUAUUGAUGAGCUCACCGAGCAGGACUUCGAUCGGCCAGUGAUCUUUUGGUCGAGAUGAGCUAAAACUAUUAUAGCACAUAAAAAUCUCUUCGCGUGACCUAAUGAUUUCAACUAAUGUAUGUAAGAAAAUGAUCUCCAGUUUAUAUAAAGACAC